CAAACGUCAUUGUCUUCGCGAUGUUUCAAAUGCUCCCGCCGUAUUCUUAUCCAUAAAUAAACCAAUAGAACGCCACAUACAGUACCAACCUAUAGAAAAAUGCCGGAGUGAUUACUCGUCGCGAUGUUGGCAGUAGUGUCGACUGUGGCAAAUGGUGGAUUGCGUUGCUUUUUCUCGUGCUCUGUGUAAAAUAUUUACGUAAAAUAGUGUUAAAUUCGCGGUGCAGUGUUUCUGACUAAUAGAAACAUGUCGGAAACACUGCCGAACAGUAAAAAACAAGUUUCGAGGCAACUGCGCGAACGCAAACAGCGCAAGCUCUACUCCGAUGAAUGGGCCCUUGGAGAUGAUGAUGUGGAAGGUGGCCGAGGGUUCUCCCUCGCAGACAAGCUGGAGAGUGCCCGCUUCGAGCACCCCGGCUCCAUACAUGAGAUGUUCGGCACGGAGCUCACAGUGGCAUACCUGCAGAAAAAUGGGUUUACAACUCCGCUGCUGUUUAAGGAGAAAACUGGACUGGGACUGAGGGUGCCGACCAGCAACUUCACCGUGAACGAUGUGCGCAUGUGUGUGGGCUCGCGCCGCCUGCUCGACGUCAUGGACGUCAACACGCAGAAAAACAUCGAGAUGACUAUGAAGGACUGGCAACGAUAUUACGAUGACCCCAACAAGGAGCGUCUCCUCAACGUGAUCUCUCUCGAGUUCUCGCACACGCGGCUCGAGAACUAUGUGCAGGCGCCGAGAAUCGUGCGACUCAUCGACUGGGUCGAGGUCGUCUGGCCUCGUCAUCUCAAGGAUCAGCAGACUGAGUCAACAAACGCUCUGGACGACAUGAUGUAUCCGAAGGUGCAGAAAUACUGCCUCAUGUCAGUUAAAGGCUGCUACACAGACUUCCACAUCGACUUUGGAGGCACUUCUGUGUGGUAUCACAUUUUGAGAGGCGCUAAAGUGUUUUGGCUGAUCCCGCCCACUGAGAAGAAUCUGCAGCUUUAUGAGAAGUGGGUGCUCUCUGGCAAGCAGUCUGAUGUGUUCUUCGGAGACACGGUCGAGAAAUGUAUCCGCGUCCACCUGCAAGCGGGCCACACAUUCUUCAUCCCGACGGGAUGGAUUCACGCCGUGUACACGCCGAGCGACUCGCUGGUGUUCGGCGGUAACUUCCUGCACCAGUUCGGCAUCGAGAAACAGCUCAAGAUCGCGCAAGUUGAGGACGUUACCAAGGUGCCACAGAAGUUCCGGUACCCGUUCUUCACGGAGAUGCUGUGGUACGUGCUGGAGCGGUACGUGGGCGCGCUGCUGGGCCGCAGCCACCUCGCCGCGGAGGGCCAGCCGCCGCCGCAGCCGCCCAAGGAGCACGUGCACCUCACUCAGAACGAGCUGCACGGUCUAAAGGCCAUAGUGAUGUACUUGCAUCAGCUACCAGCCGCUCGCAAGUCAGUGCCGGAGCUACUGGCCGACCCCAUAGCGUUGGUCAAGGACGUCCGCACGCUGGUCGAGCAGCACAGACACGACAAACAGCAUCUGGCUAUCACGGGCGUGCCGGUGUUGAAAGGCCCGGACGAGGUGGUGACGAGCGAGCGGCGCCAGUCCAGCGGGCGCGGCGGCCGCGGCGGCCGCGGCGGCGCGCCCCGGCCCCGCCCCGACCACGCCAACUCUGCGCCCCGCCGCCGCCGCACCAGAUGCAAGAAAUGCGAGGCCUGCCAGCGAACGGACUGCGGCGAGUGUGUAUUCUGUCACGACAUGGUCAAGUUCGGCGGGCUGGGCCGCGCCAAGCAAACCUGCAUCAUGCGACAGUGCUUACAGCCAAUGUUACCAGUCACAGCUUCGUGUGCCGUCUGUCAUCUUGACGGUUGGAUGCAGACUCCAGUCGCGCCACAGGCUAAAGGCAAUUCGGGUCGCAACGGGCCGUCAUCUCUGCGCGAGUGCUCGGUGUGCUACAGCAUCGUGCACCCCGCCUGCGUGCCGCCCGGCGGCCAGGUCAACGAGGACCUGCCCAACUCCUGGGAGUGCCCCACCUGCACCACCAUGGGGCUCAACCACGACUACAAGCCUCGUCAUUUCCGCGCGCGCCAGAAGUCUUCGGAUCUCAGGAGGAUGAGCGUCGGGUCAGAUGCCAGUCACAUAAGCCGAGAACACAGUAACCUGCAGAAUAAACUGCCGCCUCCAGGUCCAGUCAAAUCGGAGCCCAGUUCCGAUAACGAAGGGAAGAAUGACGUCCCACAUAUCAAGUCUGAAAGUGAAAUAAAACGCGAAGAGGAAGGCGGGGAGGGUGGCACCGGGGAGAACGGGGGCGAGUGGGAGCCCGCGGCCAAGAAGCGGCGCCCGAGCGACGAGCAGGAGGCGCCCAAGAAGCAGGCGCUGCGGGCACAUCUCGCGCUGCAGCUCACCCACCACUCCGCUAAGCAAAUGAAGAAGCCCCUGUACCCGGUGCGGCCCGCCCCGACCCCGGGCGCAGGGCUGGGCGCGUGCGCGGGCUCGCCGUGGCUGGACCGCGGCGCCAUGCUGUGCGUGUUCGCGCGCCUCACGCCCUCCGAGCUCGCCACCUGCGCGCUAGUGUGCAAGGCCUGGGCCGAGUAUUCCAUGGAUCCAUCCCUAUGGCGCAGUAUGUCAUUCGUGCAAGUGCGCGUGUCGGCUGCGCAGCUGGCCGGCAUCGCGCGCCGCCAGCCCCUGUCGCUCGGCCUCGAGUGGUGUCAUCUCGCUCGUCGCCAACUGGCUUGGCUCCUAGCCCGGCUGCCGGCGCUGCGCUCGCUGUCGCUGGCGGGCUCGCCGGCCGAGGCGGCGCUGGCGCUGCGCUCGUCCACGUGCCCGCCGCUGACGUCGCUGGACCUGUCGUUCGCGCGCUGCCUCGACGACGCCAAGCUGCGUGGCGUCCUGGCGCCGCCCGAGAACUCGCGGCCCGGCGGCGGCAACCGCACCGGCGCCGAGCCCUCCCGCCUCGCGGCGCUCAGCGUGCUGCGCCUGCCCGGGACGGACAUCACGGAUGUGGCCAUGAGAUAUGUUGUGCAGGCGUUACCAAAGCUGGUGGAACUGGACGCGUCGUCGUGCGCGCGGCUGACGGACGCGGGCGCGGCGCAGCUGGCGCACCACGGCCUGCAGCGCCUGUCGCUGGGCGGCUGCCGCCUGCUCACCGAGGCCGCGCUCGACCAUCUGGCGCGCUGCCCCAACCUCAUCAGACUGGAUCUCCGACACGUCCCCCUCGUGUCCACGCAAGCGGUGAUCAAGUUCGCCGCCAAGUCGAAGCACAACCUGCACGUGCAGGACGUGAAGCUGGUGGAGCUGCGCAAGACCUGAUCCUCGGACACGCCGGCGGCGCCCGAGCCCCCGGCGCCGGCGCCGGCUGACGGCUGAACCGACACUCAUACCGGACGCUAGUGAUACUAACCUAACAGUGAUAGCACGGGACAGUGUUGACACUCGCGCGUUAACUACGGCAGCGGGUAAUUCCUAUUUGAUUUUUUAAACUGGGGCUUGUUUCACGAAUGAGAUUAGACUUAUUAGUGUUUUGUCAAUCCAUACGAUUCGACUUUUCGUGGACUAAGCGUUUAUUGUCAAUCCAUACCAUUCGAAAAAUUGACCUCAGUUACAUAGAGUUCAAAUUCCGGCAAAAAGCAUUAGUUCAAUAGAACUAAUGGCAAACAUUUUUAUGCUGGUUGUUUAUGGUGUAAAUAAAAUAUCCGUCACUUCUACCUUAUAUGCUUUAGUUUGUGAUUCUAAUUGACUAUGGAUUAGUCGAUCUUAUCAAGGAGAUUUCUUGUAUGGAAUUCUUGCAAGCGAGGCUGAUAGUGAUGGAUAUGUUAUUUAUAAAAGACCAUCAUACUCAUGUUGUGUAUUAUACUUUUAGGCUUUUUUGUACAUUACCACAUGGUAGUACCAGUAUCUACACACAAGUUUGAAAUUGUAAUAUCUAUCUCGUUAUAAUCAAGAACAGUGGCAUUAAAUUAGAUAAUAUGAGCGAGCUAGCUAUUGCUGUUUUGGACUUCAGACUAACAUACAAUUCUCAGUGUCAUUUAAAACUAUCUCUUACAUGAAUUUUAGUAAAAAUCCAUCACAAUCAAUGUAGAUUUAAAUGAAACUGAGAAUUCAUUCAUUCAUCGUGAAUCCCGCUAUAUAUAUAUGUCAUGUGGCAUAGUAUAUUUUUUUCUACAUUUUUUCUUAGUAGCUUACAUUACAACCAAAUUGUGUUAUGGUGCGGCCAGACUUGCAGGGAUUCGGCGAAUAUUCGUGAUGGCGUAUCUUCCAUUUUCCUUGGGUAGCGAGAAACGCCAUCACUGAUAUUCCCCGAAUCCCGAUAUGUGGCCGCACCCUUAAAGACGCACGCGCACAACAUAUCAAAGGCGUCCUGGUAUAAUACGUUAGAUGUAAAUCAAACAAAGACUUGAUUUAAGCCUAUUCGGUAAUUCGAAGUGAUACGAUUUCUAAAUAAAUGAUAGAAAUAUUGUUUUAGAGGUUGUCAAGAUAGGAAUAGUGAAUGAUGUGGUUUUUGUAGCAGCUGUUUUAAAUUGGAGCGGAAAUUUAAUUAUGCUUUAGUGUGAUUUUAGUUAUGUAGAAAAUUAAUUUCAUCACAUGUGCUCGUAAAGCUAGCUUUUCCACGCUGGCAUUCAAGGAGUAAUAGAUGAUGUUACUCCAAUUCCAGUCAUAUGGAAUCUUUUUCGAGGCAAGCAUCACAUCAAAUCAUUCAAAAUUUUAGACGACUGCUAGAAAAACGCACUGGGAUUCUUGUGUUUUAAUGGGUGACUUAUAAAUAUGUAAUUAAUUCUUGGAGAGUUUGAUUUUUCCAAUAAUUUUAUUGUAUCUUUUGCAAUAUCAGUGCCAACAUAUAGGUAGUUUCUAUAUGAACCAGCACAUAUUUCAUUGCACAAUCAAAUAACUAUAUUUAAAGUUGAACGAUAUUAAUUUUAUUGCGUACUGUUGGAUUGGUAUUCUAUUAUAUUUUAUUGUUGGUUUUAUGUUUGACAAUGAUGGCCUUUAAUGUCGAAGGUUUUCGAUAAAUUAUUGAAUAAACCUUUGUACAAAGAUAAAGGUAACGAUAUAUAUUAAUAGUAUGUUGCCGCUUCAUAGCAUAACCAAGCUUCAUCACCCCUUAUAAAGUAUGUAAUUAGUAAUUACCUACUGCAAACUUAGCUGCCCAUAUUAGUUAUAAAAUGUUAGAGCAAGCUAUAAUUCGUUUUUUUAGCAUUAGAAAAAAGGUAAACAAUCUUGACGUGUCUUUUAAUUGAAAAACACUUUUUUUUUAAAUAAGUCACGGCAAAUAUGUAACAAUUAUGAAUCUAAUACGAUCAUUUAUAUUAUUUUGCUUGCUGAUAAGUUAUUGAUUUUUAAAAAGCGUUUUUCAAUUAAAAGAUAUGUCAAGAUCGCUUACCUUCUUAAUGCUAAAAAAACGAACUAUAGCGAUAUGAGGAGGCCCGCUUGAUCUACGAUUGAGUUUCGUAAAGGGCUGAAGAGUAUGAGUGAGCUAAAGGACUAGCGAACCGUUAACGCUAACUUGUUCAACUUUUUAUGACUCGGAACGCCAUUUAAACAUGUUAAAAAGUUAAUAAGAAAUAAUGCUAGAGAUGUUUUGAAGCAUUGGUUAUCUACUGAAAUGGCACACUUCAACACUUGUAUUCAAAUAUGGAUCUCUGAACUUCUUAUAAUGAUAGGAUUCCUCGAACAAUUGUUCGUAUACUUUUCUUCUAUGUUGUUCCAGCAAUACUUACUUUUUGUAAAUAUUAAAAAUGAUUAUUUAUUUCGCACUCCUGAAAAGGAAGAAUUAUUUUAGGUUCAUGACAAUUGUAAGAGCUUAGGUUGUAUUUUUCUUAGUUCUAGUCGCUUUUUAGGUUUAAGCUAUUAUUAAUAGGUACACUAUGUUUGACUGACCGAUUAUAUAACUAUUAUUGAUCAUUUCUUGAACUUUAGAGGCUACACAAUAAAAUUACGCAUUUCCUUUACAUUGAACACUAACUAAAUGUGACGUCCCACGGGUAAAGGUACCUUAUGGCGGUUAGCGCUUGCGCUGUUAUUAACACCGCUCCAAUAUUAUUGCGCUGCUAUGCGACGUAAGCGCCAGCCGCCAUAAGGUAUCUUUUCCCGUGGAACGUUACAAAUAUUUCCGAAAUUUUGUAGUAUAAUGCUUGAAAAGUUACAAUAAAACUGGUGCAAGUUAUACACAUUUUUGACACUCGACGUAAUGAUUAGUUUUGUAUGUUAUGAUAUUAUCGUAAUAGUUAAUUAAAUUAGAUCAGAUUUACAGUAUAAAAGAAGUUUGAGAACAACAAUGAAAAUAAUAUCAGUAUGUUAGUUUGUAAGGUCCGACUGUGGUCACAGCGUAAGGUCGGAGGGCCGCCUAUAGGUUUAGCAUAGAGAGGUAACUACACAUUACACUACUUGUCAAACUAGCACAUUAUUCAUUUCAAAUUUCUAACCUUUUUGACACACAUUUAUGAGCUUAUCAGUUAAGAGCCCAUCAACGUGCACACUAGCGCCCCAGCUAAAUAAUCGUGAUUAUUUAAAUUUAACGAAAGAUAUUUAAAAAAGGGGGCAGCUACGUACUGUGUUGUAUUGUUAAGUACCUUUUGAAUACAUCAAACUAGUUUUUAUGUUGCUGGUUUCGUCGCUAGAUCGAAACUGAAACUGAAAACAAAACGGCCGUUUUAACUUUGGACGCAUAGAUUGACGAAUCCAGCAACAUAAAAAACUAGUUUGAUGUAUUCAAAAGGUACUUAAAUACACAAUACAGUACGGAGCGGCCCCCUUUUUUCAAUAUCUUUCGUUAAAUUUAAAUAAUUACGAUUAUUUAGCUGUGGCGCUAAUGUGCACGUUGAUGGGCUCUUAACGGUUAUGAAGCGGUUAUAUUAAUAAAAGUAAAAAAUUACACAAACGUUACUUAUACCUACACAUGAUACUACGGUUAGUUUAAUACAAUACACCAUUUAGCAUUUACAAAGUCAGUCUGGACUCCAUUGUUUCGAGUCUUCUCCUAUACUCUUGAUAUGAUUUUUGAAAACUAUAAAAGUGCCAAUAGUGUAUGUUGCUUUGACAAGUGUGUAUAUUCCGCGGACUGUACAUAGGUAGCCUAAGUCGUUAUCGAGUAACAUAUGUACUUGAAACCAUAGGCUCAUAGUUAAAGUACGGAGCUAGUAUCUAAGCAUUGUGUGCCUCUGUGUAUAGAGAAUUUAGUGAUAAACAAGAAUCGUUAAUAAAAUUAUAUAUACGGAAAAAAAAUACAAUUAUUAUUCACAGAUUAGAAUUAUUGGUUGAAUAAAAUGGUGAAUAAUGAUUAUAUUAUAAAGUCUACAUAAAUCUAGUUUUGUAAGAUGCCUUUAUGCGAGAGUUUUUAAAUCAAUUGGAAGAUGUUUUUAUAUUAGACAGCUCGCAUGCAGGCCGUCGUUGGUUCAAGCGUGAUAUUAAACCAAUGGCUAGGUAAGAGUAGCGCCGCACGGCGACGAGCAACAUGUAUCAUUGGUUACCAUAAGCACUCAUAGUAUUUGAAAUAAAUAUUUACAAUGAA